UAUUCGACCUACGAUGUGAACCAGGGAAUGUAUGCAUUACAUGUUGCCGACCAGGUGCUGCAGUUUUUUGAAGAGUACUUUGGGAUUGAAUACCCGCUGGACAAGCUUGACAUGGUGGCAGUGCCAGAAUUCACAGCAGGAGCCAUGGAGAACUGGGGGUUAAUCACAUACAACGAGGCAAACCUGCUGUUUGACAAGGACAAGUCAAGCAUGACGCAGCGUAGGCUGAUCGCUGAAACAGUGGCGCAUGAAAUAGCGCAUCAGUGGUUUGGAAACCUGGUAACACCAAAGUGGUGGGACGAUUUGUGGCUCAACGAAGGGUUCGCCACCUGGGCAGCCGCACUUGGCUGUAAUGCAAUUAGGGAGAAGCAAAAGACUGAUCCCAACAUUGUAAAUCCCAUAAACACGAACGAAUUGCUCAUUGAUUGGGAGCCCUGGGUAUCAUUCAUCAACGAUGACUUGAACAAAGGAAUGGAAUUUGAUACACUCGAUUCAUCUCAUCCCAUCAAG